CGAUUUCAAAUUGAACAAUUCAUACACCUUCGUUCAUUAAAACUGAUUGAAAUUGAAUAUGAAUCAAUGGAUUCGAUCUUUUCAUAUUUACAUCAGCUCAAACAAUUACGUUCAUUUUCAUUUAAUGUUGAUUCAAUUAGACAAAAAUACCCAACAAGAACUGACUCUUAUUUAAAUAUGUUCGAUCAAAUAAAUUUAAUUUUAUCUAAUACUUAUUUGCGCGUAUUACCUCAGAUCACAUAUCUAUAUUUACAUAAUGGUAAUGUUCUUCAUUCAAUACCACUUCCAGUUGUUUAUCAUUUAAAACUUGACAAAUGUUCAUUAGAUGAUCUAAAAGCGAUAUUUAAAAAUGCACCGAAACUUCAGUCAUUGAAUAUAUGUUUCAAACUUGAAACACCAAAUUUGAAUAUAUCCUCAAUAUCUUCGCCAUCUCUUACAAAACUCAAUCUAAAAAUAACGAACGCUCCAAUUUCCAUGGAUGAAAUGGAAUCUUUUUUACUAAAUCUACCUUAUCUCAAACAUCUUAAAUUAGAAUUAAAAGGAGAUAAUGAUCUUGCUAAUGGACACCGAUGGCAAAUGUUGACGGGUGAUUUUAUUACAUUUACUUUCAAAUUUCAUGUAAAAUUAAGUUCAGUUAAUGAAACACUUCAAUCAUUUCAGACAUUAUUUUGGCUUAAAGAAAAACGUUGAAAACUUAUGUUUCAUUCAUCAAACUUCGCCAUUCGUACAGACAAUCAUCUAUGA